ACCCUCCUGGGGUGGACAUGACAAGUUGAGCUUGGGGCCAUGUUGCUCCCGUCCGACGUGGCCCGGCUGGUGCUGGGCUACCUGCAGCAAGAGAAACUGACGGUUACUUGCAGAGCCUUCAUUGCAGAGAGUCCUGACCUGAAGGAAUAUGCUGAAUAUUUCUCAGAAGACGGAAUAAUUCCAGGCUGUGUGCUGUCAUCAUUUGGAAAGAACCUGACCACUAUCUUAAACGACUAUAUAGCAUUGAAAACAAAAGAAACGAAAGAUGAGGUACCCUUGAUGAUGUCAUCUCUGUGGAAGAAGCUUGACCACACCCUUUCCCAGAUUAGGAGCAUGCAGAACUCUAUAGCUUUUCAGACUCAUCAAAGAACUCGCACAAGGACUGGGAUAGAAAAUAUUAGACGUCAGAGAAUGUUGCCUACAUCUUCCCCAUUACAACAUCCUACAGUACAACAGACCUCUACACCAAUAAUGGCCACACAGAUUGUCCUUCGACCUUGUAACGAUCAAAGUGCUCAAGCUAGGCCUUUGUUUGGUGGACAGUCGACAAUUCAAGGUGGUCUUUCUUCUCCAGCUAUCAUGAGCAAUGGAGAUUCUUUACAAAUAACUUCUCUAGGAACAUACGAAAAGAAGUCUUCUGCAGUUUCCUCUCCUACAAAGCGGAAAAUAGAUCCUGGUAAGAGGAGGCGUGCACCUUUGUCGAACACCAGCAGGGCAGCCAUGGAAGGAGAAACUGGAGAAGAUGGUCACCCACUCCAAGAGAUCAUUGAUGACAAUUUCCCUCAACUGGUGAUCGAAAAUGCCAGGGAAAAGAUUUUGGGCAGCAAAUCCCUGCAAGAGAAGUUGGCUGAAAAUAUUAACAAAAUUCUUGGAAGUGAACCUGCUCCUCCUACCUCCAAACAGAGUGAUGGUGGUGCUGUUGAGCAAGAUGCUUCAAUUGAUGAAAUCCUUGGCCUUCAGGGUGGGGAGAUACACAUGUCAGAAGAAGCAAUUCAUGAUAUACUAGUACAAACAGAAAUGGACCCAGAUUUCCAAGAACUCUAUGACCUUUUUGCUGGUUCAUCAAAAGCAACAAAAUAUAUGCAAAGAGAACUUCCUAUUUCAAACGAAGGAACCGCUCGGAGUAAAGCAGCUGCAAUAGACCGUUACCUUGACUCGGUGGAAAGCUCCUUUGACACAGAUGAUUCUACGUCACCAACAAAUAAUCCAGCUAAUGCAUGUUCAAACAAGACAGCCAUAGAAAUUGGAAGAAAAAACUUAUCCCUGCUCAAAGAUGACUGUGCAUCAUCUCAUCCAAGUGAAAAUGAACCAACUGCCUCAUCAGAUCAUAGUUUAAGUCCAACAGGUAGCCACCAGAGCAUUGAUUCAUCUUCCACCAUUGACCGAACUGGGGAAGAUACCAUAACGGAAGCAGAUAAAGCAUCACAAGAGACUAUGUCAGGGAUAGAUUUUUCACAAACUUCAGAUGUUGAAAUGAAGAACGUAACGGAGGAAGUAAGUGUGGCUUCUUCCCACCUUGAUGAAGCUGGUUUAACAUCCAGCAAUAUAUCUAAUAACAGCCAAGUGCAAGAAGGCAAGAAUUUAGAAAGUAAUCGAGAGGCACAAGGAAUUCCUACCAAAACCAUGCCUGCUAAAGGGCACGUGUCGGAGAACACCCAGAAGGAAAAUAUAAGUCGUACAGCUACAAAACCAUGUCAUACUCUAUCUCAACAGGUGAAUGUGUUGGUUUCUAGUGCAUCCCCAGUGAUUAAAACUCUGGUUUCUCAGAAAGAAAAUGACAAGCCGGAUGUUGUGAUCACGCCAGUUUGUGUAAAUGAUUCCAGUGAUGAUAAUAUGCUGAAACAAAAGCUUGCUGGCAAUGAACAAAAAACACCACAGAAAGCGGCAAACGUAGAUAUCGCAAAACACCAGAGCCCUGUGGUGUCUGAAACACGAUUAGUAAUUCCUACUGUGCAGUUUCCUUCUCCAGCUGGUUCUUUUCCUCCCAAGCCUGUUGGCACAAGUUUUGAGUUUGUGGCUAGCAGUUCCGGUGAAACCGUCGUAGAUCCAUCACAAAUUAUUACCUUGAACAUUAUAACUGAGGGUCUAACAGAAGAUACAGAAUUAAAUAAUGCCGUAACAGCAAUUGUUGGAGAAAAGUUCCCAACUGUAAUAAUGUCGCCUCUAAACACUCCUCGGAACAGUGGUAGCUUAAGGUCUGCUCCAGACAGCUCAGUUGGCGAUGUAGACGUUUUGUCGUCAGGGGAUCAAAAGCUUACUGUUGCUCAGUUCAAUGACCAAUCAAGCACUGCAAUUAAUAUUCAACUUGAAGAUUGUUCAGUUUAUCCACUUAUUGGCACUUCUAAUCCUAACACUGAUGGGGGGCUUAUCCAGCUAAUGCCAGCCACCAGUUCAACUGUUGGACCUUCCAACAAUAUUUUUAUAAGUGCUUGUCCAUCAAAAAGUAGCACAGCAAAUCAAUCCAACAUCAUGUUAAUACCCAGUAAUGCUUCUUCUGCUGGAGUACAGCCACACACAUGUGUUUUGCAAACACCUCCCAGACAAAGUAGCAUUUACAGUGUUGGACAAACGUUAUCUUCUAAACUAUCACAAGCAGGUUCUACGAUUAUACUGGCGCCUCCAGUCCAGCCUAUGUUGCAGAGUGUAGUGGGAAUGUUCCCUGUGUCCCUAGUUGGUCAAAGUGGAAAUACAUUCACUGCAUCUUCUCAUCAGGUUUUGCAUAUUCCAGUUUCCAGCACUUCACGUCCUAAACUGCCUUUACCACCCAAGACACAGAAACCCGUAGCAGCAAGAAGUGUGAAAAACACAGGUAAACCAUUAAGAAAUCAAGCCGUGGAUUCUACAAGUCUUCCAUUGAUAUCGAUUGUAAAAGGUGCAGACUUGGCUGAAAGAAAUGUAACUUCCCGAAUGUCAAAUAAAGCUGAAGAUUGUCCUGCACAACACACCACAGUUAAAGGAGCUGAAAGCCACAGAAGGGUAUUGUGCUUUGACACCUUAAGAAAAUCUGGUAACUCAGAUAAUCUGGCAUCAGGCAUUUCAAAGCCGAAGAAUAACCACAAUAAUGAUAUUGUGAAUGCUGAAAACUCUGUUGGAGUUUGUACUUCAACUGUAGAAUCUUUGCCUAAAGACCAGAAAAGAACAGAAACAAUCUUGGUUUCGGCGUCAUCUAAAGAUCGAAUUGCUGAGGACAAACGUGUAGCUGUUGGAUCUUUGGUAGGUAGUUCUUGUGUGGUCAAAGCCAACAAGGAGAAUGUCCAAGGGAUGGAACCAGAAACACAGGGACUUAAAGACAUGGCUAAAGUGAGCACUAUCAAUGAACGCUCUGAAAAAAAUGUUCAGCCUGGGCAGGAAUCUGGUAAAAAGAGGUUUAUGCCUAAAAUACUUAGAAGAACACCACAAAAGUUAACUACAGAAAGACCUAACCUCACAAGUAUGCCAGCCAAGCAGGAAAUUGAGCCAUUUCAGGGAAUUCAGUUUCAAAGUCCAAAUGCAAAGCAUGUAGAGUUUCCAGUACCACGCACUCCUGGAUCUGGAGUUGAUGAUGGCAUGCUAGAUGAUACACCAGACUCAACAAGGACCCCUACACGUAAACGUUACAGUGAUGACAGUGGCACACCAAAACCAAUGCAGCUUCCUACAACCCCAGAUUUUCCCAAGUGUAGUCCUGCCAGCGAAGCUGGUAGUGAGAGUAGUGUCAGCAUAGCUGCACAUACACUAAUGAUCUUAUCACAGGCUAGCAUGACAAAGGUUGGAAGUAAAACACCACUGAAGGACAACACACAACUUGCCAAAUCUUCCAAGGGUACCUCAAAGAAGAGAAAGAUUGAAGAACCUGAUGAUAGGCAUUCCCAUAGAACUGAACACCACAGCCCCACAUCAACUCUGAAAAAGAAAAAAACAAAGAAACAUCGAAGAAAAAGUCUCGACUAUUUUCCCACUGGAAUGGAUGUAGACAAAUUUUUAAUGUCUCUUCAUUAUGAUGAGUAAAUGGAUAUGACCAGGUCAUCCACAUGAAGACUGAUUUUUAUGAGGCUGUGGCUUUUGCACUGUAUAGCAAGGGUCGCUUUAUUAAUGUGUUUGUAAAUAGACCCAGCACUGUGAAAGGGUCCAUAUAUGUUGUAAUAUAUUGCGGCACUAAUGAUGUUAUGGAGCUUUUUUUUUUUUUUUUUCCUGAGUUGUUAAUAUGUUGAGUUUCAUGGAUAACCUAUUAAAAAAAAAAAAAAAAAAAAUUAAAAAAAAUAAAGUAUUUUUACAGCUUCCUUUUUGGGAACCAGGUGUUUGAAAAUAGUCAUUAUAAGAAUAUCCUUUAAUUGUAUAUAAACGUCCAUAUUUUUGGAGGGUGUUUUUGUUUUUUAUGUGUAUUUGUAAUUUCUUUUUAUUAAAAGAAAUAUUGUAUCAAAAA